GAAUGGUGUAGUAUAAUACUACCGACCUGAAUUUUAAAAAAAAAAUAAAUAAAAAAUAAGCAGAGCUUCCACUUCGAGUUCCCAGUAUAUAAGCCAAGUAUGAAUUUGGUGUGCUCAUCAACUUGGUGACAUUCGUGCACCCAUUUGUAUUCUUGAGUGGUCACAUGCUCUCAACUCUCAAACCCUAGGCUAAGAUAUAUCCUUCUCUUCCCUUCCAAUACCCAUAGCUAUUGCAUGCGCCCCUCUGCACUUGCAUACAUCCCUCAACUUGCUUAACACCAUCCUCUCCUAUUUAAACUCUCACCUACGACAACAUAUCGACAAACAAAUUUACAGAGAUGUUGCAUUUUCCCCUGUUUUUGUUUUUGGCUAUCACACUACACUCCUUCACUCUCUCAGCUCAGCACCGCAUCCUAGUAUCUCAAAUCUCCGCAUCACCUUCGCCCGCCCCUCAGCUUCCGCCUCCGCUCAUCGGCGUCAUGUCUCCUUCUCCGCUCUUCAGCGUGCUCUCGUAUGGAGCCGUCGGCAACGGCGUCGCCGACGACACCCAGCCAUUUAAAAUGGCUUGGGACGCCGCUUGCCAAGCCAAUGAUCCCGCCGUUAUCUUCGUUCCCAUGCAUUAUACUUUCAUGAUUCAGUCCACCAUCUUCUCUGGCCCUUGUAAAAGUGAACUCAUUUUUCGGAUUGAAGGAAAUAUAAUGGCGCCGGAUGGUCCCCAUUCGUGGCCGAAAAACAACAGCAAGCGACAGUGGCUAGUGUUUUACAGGAUCGACGGAAUGUCAAUUCAAGGCGGCGGAACCAUAGAUGGAAGAGGUCAGAAAUGGUGGGAGCUUCCCUGCAAACCUCACAGAGGCCCAAAAGGAACAACUCUACCUGGCCCCUGCGACAGCCCAGUGGCAGUAAGGUUUUUCUGGAGCUCAAAUUUGGUAGUGAAAGGAAUGAAGAUGAAGAACAGCCCACAGUUUCACUUCCGCUUCGACAGCUGCCACAACGUCCAUAUUGAAUCCCUAUACAUAAAAUCACCCGCUUUGAGUCCAAACACCGACGGAAUUCACGUAGAGAACAGUAACAACGUCUACAUAUACAACUCCGUCAUCGCCAGCGGCGACGACUGCGUCUCCAUCGGCGCCGGCACUUUCAACGUAGAGAUACGGAACAUCACCUGCGGCCCUGGCCAUGGAAUAAGUUGUAGCAUCGGCAGCCUGGGGCCUCGGAACACGAGGGCGUGCGUGAAGAACAUAACGGUGCGGGACUCGGUGAUCAAGCAGUCGGACAACGGGGUGCGGAUCAAGACGUGGCAGGGCGGGUACGGGGCGGUGACGGGGGUGUCGUACAGCAACAUCGUCAUGGAGGGCGUCAGGAAUCCCAUCAUGAUCGACCAGUACUACUGCACGGGCAAGUCCUGCGCCAACCAGACGGCGGCGGUCUACAUCAGCGGCAUCUCCUACAAGGGCAUCAAGGGCACCUACGACGUCAGGUCGCCCGCGAUGCACCUCGCCUGCAGCGACGCCGUGCCCUGCACCAAUCUCACCGUCUCCGACGUCGAGCUGCUUCCCGUUCAGGGCCAGAGGAUCGUCGACCCUUACUGCUGGAAUGCAUACGGAGACGGCGGCGACGACCUCAACAUUCCGCCGCUCUUCUGCUUGAUUGAGGGAGCGCCGCCGCUCCUCUUGCCGUCUAACGGCCUCGAUCAGUGUUAGGGUAUAUGUAUACGUAUAGACAAGUUAGCAAAUAGGUAUAUUUCACCAGAAUUAUGAACCAUGCAUGCUUUUCCGAUGGUGUAUUUCUGAUGGUAUGUCGCAACCGCUAAUGAAGAAAGUGUUGCUUUUUUUUUUUUUUCUUUUUUGUUUGAGAAUAGAAAGUGUUGCUUUUUUUUUGUUUGUUUGUUUGAGAAUAGAAAGUGUUGCUUUUUAAAUACUA